CUGGCAUUCAAUCCUUCGUUCUCUCUCCCUAGCCCGGCCUGAGGAUCUCAACACAAUGUCUGCUGCUAUCGUCUGCCAGGCUCUCUUUUUUGACAAGACCCCUAUCGCGGGACUCUAUAUCACACUGGAUGAACUUCAAAACUCCCAGGUCUCUUACGUGGGCUUCACAGACAAAGAGGGCAAGAUCUCGGAGUGGUACGAAAAGACACGGGACUCCAUGGUUUCCGUCUGUGGCAACGUCAAUAGCGCCUGGCGCAUAGGUUUCUAUAUCGGCCUCGUUAAUGGCGGUCCCUUCAACCAUGUAUACACAGAUUUCUUUGUCAAGGCGUGCCAUCAUCCGAUUACACUCUGCCUCGCACCUGAGGAAUACAGUGUCAAGUUUGGGCCGGAAACGCAGCUCGCGCCGCUUUCGUGGGACCACCUACAGCACCCCCAGCCACUCCCACCACGGCAUCUGUUUUUGAAGCCUGAGGCCACUUCUUCGCAGACACCCCAGCUAACACCUUCGAUUGGACACCCCGAGACGCCCUGGCAGGACCUUGAUGCUGCACCGCGAGACGACCGUCUUACUAGCCCCGACUUCAUUGCGUUGCUUGAGAACAGGCUGGACGAACUGGACAGCCAGAAUCCACCUUCACCCGCUCCGAAACCCAGCCGCAAGCGCAAGAGGGAUGCUAUGGAAGAAGACGUUGAGCCCCCAAAGCCUCGCAGGUCCGAGAGGCUGUUGGCGAAGAGUAAACUUCACUGAGUGGCGCUGUAUGUAACUACCUAAGUAGGGGUACUGUACCUAAUCACCUUAUACUGUCUCUUUAUUUCUUUUCAUUAUCGCUACCUACCUAUGUUUAGUAAUUGGCGACGUUGUGUUGCAAGGUAGAGAGAGAGCUAAGUGACAUGAAGAAGUUAAUCAACCUGGAAGGAUAGGUAUGUUAAACAUCACAUGGACUGGCUGUGCCGGUGGUCGACCCCUGCCUCCGUUGUACUUAGCGGGUGUAAUAAUACCUUAAUAAGGACAACUAAGUAGGUAGCCAGCAUAGUUAAAUAAACCAAUACUGGAC